AUGGAUGCUGCAGAGUUCCGCAAGAGAGGGAAGGAGAUGGUGGACUAUAUUGCAGAUUACCUGGAGAAGAUAGAUAAAAGACAGGUCUUCCCAGAUGUGGAACCAGGAUAUCUAAGGCCCCUCAUUCCGGACUGUGCGCCCCAGGAUCCUGAGAGCUUUGAGGAUGUCUUUAAAGACAUUGAGAAGAUCAUUAUGCCAGGGGUGACUCACUGGCACAGUCCGUACUUUUUUGCCUACUUCCCUGCAGCCUCUUCCUUCCCAGCUCUUCUUGCAGAUAUGUUGUGUGGUGGAAUAGGAUGUGUGGGCUUCUCUUGGGCUGCAAGUCCAGCUUGCACGGAGCUGGAGACUGUCAUGCUGGAUUGGCUAGGGAAGAUGAUUAAUUUGCCUGAAGAGUUUUUAGCUGGGAAGCAUAGCCAAGGUGGAGGAGUCAUUCAGGGAAGUGCAAGUGAGGCCACCCUGAUUUCACUGCUUGCUGCAAGAACAAAAACUAUCAGACAGGUGCAGUCAGAAAAGCCUGAGCUGACAGAAGCAGACAUCAUGGGCAGGCUGGUGGCCUAUGCUUCUGAUCAGGCUCAUUCAUCAGUGGAAAGGGCUGCAUUAAUUGGUGGUGUGAAGAUUAAAAAUGUUUGUUCAGAUGAUACAUUUAGUGUUUGUGGUUCAGCCCUAAAGAAAGUUUUGGAUGAAGACAAAGCUUCUGGUCUUAUCCCAUUCUUUUUCUGUGCGACGCUUGGAACCACACCUUGCUGCUCCUUUGACAAACUGUUAGAACUGGGUCCUAUUUGUAAUAAGGAAAACAUCUGGAUGCAUAUUGAUGCAGCCUAUGCUGGGAGUGCAUUCAUCUGCCCUGAAUUCAGGCAUCUUUUAAACGGAGUGGAGUUUGCAGAUUCAUUUAACUUUAAUCCUCACAAAUGGCUGCUAGUGAAUUUUGACUGCUCUGCUAUGUGGGUGAAAAAAAGAUCAGAUUUAACAGGUGCCUUUAAAUUAGAACCUCUUUACCUGCAGCAUCACCAUCAGGAGUCUGGCCUUGUAACAGAUUAUCGGCACUGGCAAAUCCCCCUGGGGAGGAGGUUCCGCUCCCUGAAGCUCUGGUUCGUGCUGAGGAUGUACGGGGUCACGGGACUGCAGGAGCACAUCCGCAAGCAUGUCAGGCUGUCGCAUCAAUUUGAACAUUUGGUCCUUCAGGAUGAAAGAUUUGAGACCUGCGCUGAGGUUGUCCUGGGACUAGUCUGUUUUCGGCUGAAGGGUUCAAAUGAACUAAAUAAGGCGCUUCUUAAAAGCAUAAAUGAGGCCAAGAAGAUUCAUCUGGUCCCGUGCCACCUGCGAGAGAAGUUUGUGCUACGUUUUGCUAUUUGUUCCCGCACAGUGGAAUCCACCCACAUCAAGUUUGCCUGGCAGCACAUCUCACAGCUAGCAACUGAUCUUCUGAAAACAUGGGAGCAAAAGCACCACCAGCAGUAA